AUGACCUGCGGCUUCGCACACGUGCAUUCGAUUAUACUCACAAUCAUACAUAUAGCGAAAACUAAUCAAAGUUCUCCUGAAGGUUAUACUAGAUAUCCUUUUCCAAAUAAGAUUACCGUUUACCGAUCUCUAAGGCAACCAAAAGCUAACAAUGGAAACAUGCAAUACGCUCCUUUGCUCCUAAAUCCCCCAGAAAAUAACCAUGACUAUACAGCAACAACUAAAUAUGAUGAGAAUACUAAAAAUUAUGAAGAGGAUAUUUCCCAUUUGGAACCACGUUAUGAUGAAGAUUUUCGCCCAAAAAAACCUCCGUCUUUUGUACCAGGUUAUAAUUUAGACUUACAAAGAAUUCUGGAAAAGGAAAGUAGAACGGAACAAAAUGUCAAGGUAAAAAACCACUUACCCCAUAUCCAAGAAUAUAACAUAGAUAAAGAAAGAGCCAGUAUUCCAUUUAAAAGUAACAAUAUUCAGCACAAUGUUAUUUCCAUGCAAAAGGAUAGACCGGAUAUGAAAUAUAAAGAAGAAGGCCGAUUAAACAGAAAUAACAUCAAAGAAAGCGAUAAAAGAUAUCCCAAGAACCUGUUAGACUUGGAGUCAAAAGGUAUUCAACCAUAUCUUGUUGUUAAAACGCCUCGUCUGCAUCUGAACGUUGCACGCGCAUACAACUUUGCGUUUAUUCCGCAUAAGGCGUUACCUCACAUAAACGAACUGUUAUUACGAAAAAUACCUUCGCAACACGAGAAAAAUUUUCACAAAACUUUCUUAGCUUCACAUUCUAAUAAAAAUAAUUGUCAUUCUCCACAACCAUAUUAA